GCAUGUUUAACUGGGCUUUCUGUUUGCAGCGGAACGCGCCAACAGCGGGACACGCGCACGCACGCACACAAACAUCCAGAAGCGUGAGACUCCUCCUCUCCCUCACGUCCAAUUAGUUCCUAGACUCCGGCCCUUUAAGACGCAGCAGCGGGUCAGCAACUAGUCUACUGUUUCUCUAAUUGAACUUCGCCCAAUCAACAGGAACUCGUUAGCGGUGGCUCCUCUCCUCCGCGCUGCUUGGUCGGGACAGCCUUUUACCCCAUUGGAAGCACUCUCCCCUCCACAGUGGGACACCUCCUAAACCGCUACAUGGAGCUCUGAACGGGGCACUGAAGGGAUACCGCUUGUUCCCAAACUCCGCUCGAAGCAUGGUCGUCGUGAGUUGGGUUUAAACUUGUCUCCAGGAGAAUUACGACGCUUGUGGGUACGUCGGGGGCGAACUUUUUUGCGAGUGUUUGGGGACUGCGAUGACCUCCAGCAAAGACAUGAAGGCAGGGUCUGUGUUGCAAUCCAGUGGCGAGGAGCGGAGAGCGAGGGCGCCGUUGGAUCAGCUGCCCCCGCCGGCCAACUCCAACAAGCCGCUGACGCCUUUCAGCAUUGAGGACAUUCUGAACAAGCCCUCGGUCAAAAAGUCAGCGGUCAGUAUCUGUCCGCCGCGCGUCCUCGAGAAAGUGACGGCACCAAACGCACCGAGGAACGGCAUCAGCACGCCCUCGUCCCCGCUCUGUGCGCUGGAGGAACUGGCGAGCAAGACUUUCAAAGGCCUGGAAGUGAGCGUGAUCCAGGCAGCAGAAGGACGUGAACAUGUAAACUCAUUCGGCCAAAGACAGAGCUCAAAGAAGAGGAGAAAGUCCCGAACAGCUUUCACCAACCACCAGAUCUACGAGCUGGAGAAGCGCUUCCUGUACCAGAAGUACCUGUCUCCAGCCGACCGAGACCAGAUAGCGCAGCAGCUGGGCCUCUCCAACGCACAGGUCAUCACAUGGUUCCAGAACCGCCGCGCCAAGCUCAAACGAGAUCUGGAGGAGAUGAAAGCCGACGUGGAGUCACUAAAGAAGCUGACCCCACAGACUCUGCAGAAGUUAGUGACCAUGGAGAGUCUGGAGGAGCAGGCUCAGGGCGCAGCGUCUCCGAGCGUGUCCCCCACGUCUCCUCAGGGACACGGCGCCUUCCCGCAGUCCCCCUCCUCCUCCAGAGACCACACCACGGACGAGUUCUCGGAGGACGACGAGGAGAUAGAGGUGGACGAUUGAAAACUCUGGCCACGUGAUGGCUAUUGAGAAGGUCAAACGGGGGCAUUUUCUUCCCAAACUUUUGCACGGAUAUUGUCACAGAGGAGAAUACAUAGAGACUGUUGGAUAUCCCUUUUCAGUUAUUCUAAUUUAUUCUUUGGACUCGCAGGUCUCAUCUGUGGAGUUACCUGCCCCUUUUGAACUGAAGAGACACAGUGACAUUCGGCCUCUAAUGGUUUAUACGCGUGUCUUCGUAUGGAUGAAUCCAAGUACGGUUACGCGCCACUUUUUAGCGUAAAGUGGCACGCGCAGAGACCCUUUUAGUACAACUGCACACGUGUCUAGGUUUUGUACAUAGCCCCUAUAAUAAUUUUAUUGUAACAUUCUAUUUAAU